CAGCAGCGACUCGGACACAACUCUACUCGCGUUUCUGCACACAGGCUCGUCUGCGUGAGCCGGAGACAGAGUCGAGUUAUCUACUUUGAAUAAACCCGGACUCCGUUCCUCCUCCUCCCCCCUGGUGUCUGCUUUCAAACGAGUCAGUAAUGAGAGUGGCUGAGAGCAGAGACGGACGCUUUUCUUCUGUGAUGACCAGCAGUGCGCAGAAGUGCGCUCCGUGGUUCAGCACCAUCAUCAUCAUCUUCACCAUCAGCAUCCUCCGCUCCUGAGAUCAACCCGAGACCCAAGAGGCGCGCGAAGAUCCUCGUCAACCCCCCGGCACGAGAUGUGCCGUGGACUGUCGAUGAUUUCUCCUCCUCCUCCAGGUGAAACCCAAUGGCUGACAAAGACUGCACUUCGCACCGCCCUUGUUACCCCUGAGCUCACAAAGACAGAUCUCAUCCUCAGCUAAAACACUCUGUACCUUUCCCUUUUUUCUUUUGUCUCCUGACCAAUCAUCACUCUUCAGUCAUCACCAUGGCUCGUCUGCUGGCUUCUGCGUUUCUUCUGGUUCUCCAGACGUACGCUGCCCCGCCUGAGCUUGUCCAGGCAGGAUUUGACAUGUCACUAGACCUUGAUUCUGGACUACCAGCCAAUUUCUCUGGAGUGUUGCCCUCAUCUCCACCCCCCGGGACAAGUAAAAGAGCCCCGCACAGUAUCAUCAUCGGGGUACGCAAGGGGGGAACUAGAGCGCUGUUGGAGAUGCUGGACAUUCACCCUGAGGUCGCUGCUGCUGCCACCGAGGUGCACUUCUUUGACUGGGAUGAGAACUAUGCCAAGGGCUUUGAGUGGUACCGCGAGCUGAUGCCCUACUCUUACCCGCACCAGAUCACGGUGGAAAAGACUCCAGGUUACUUCACAUCAUCCCUCGCACCAGAACGCAUAUGCGCCAUGAACUCGUCCAUAAAGCUGCUGCUGAUCUUGCGGGACCCAGCAGAGCGUGUCAUAUCCGACUACACCCAGGUCUACUUCAACCGCCUUGAGAACCACAAGCCUGUGCAAGCCAUUGAGAACCUGCUAGUGCGCAACGGAGCCUUAAACAUCAGGUACAAGGCCAUUCAGAGGAGCCUGUACGAUAUCCACAUGCGGAACUGGCUGCGUCACUUCCCCCUGGAACAGAUACACAUUGUAGACGGGGACGCUCUGAUUCGCGACCCGCUGCCAGAGCUUCAGAAGGUGGAGCGUUUCCUCAACCUGCCUCCAAGGAUAGUAUCCUCCAAUUUCUACUUCAACCAGACCAAGGGGUUUUACUGCAUCCGCAGUGACGGUAGAGAGCGCUGUCUGCACGAGUCCAAAGGGCGCCCUCACCCGGCAGUGAACAGCACCGUCCUCCAGCAGCUCCGCUCCUACCUGCAGGAGCACAACCGAACCUUCUUCAGGCUGGUGAAGCGCACCUUCGACUGGCAAUAAGUAACCCGAUCACGGAUCAGACUCGAAGGAGCCGCUGCCUUGUCUGUGAUUAGGACGAAAAGGGGGAAUGAAGCACUUUACAAAACUAACAUUUACAAACCCCCUUUGUAUAGCCUCUUAUUAACUUCUGUUGUGGACUCUGGUUUCAGCAGAGCCAUUCUAUAAUCAAAUGAUAAGGCAAAAAAAAAAGAAGACAAACUGUAACUAGGGGCAUAAGAUUAACUGGAGGAGUCUCCAAGCUUAAUAAGUUGUUCUAUCUCUGCUGGUUUAAGUGAUCAAAACUGCAGCAAAAAAACGAGUUUGUGAAACGGAUGAACUGUUUUUCUUCUCUCUUGUUUGAUAUUCUCGUACUUGAUAAUAAAUGGUUCUGCUUUCAAAUGUA